UCGUUGGUGUAAGUAACAGUGAGAUGAUGGAGAUGGAGGAAGGCGGAGGCAGUGUUAGUGGCGGUUGGAGUCAAUGGGUAUGGAGUGUGUCCAGUAUUGCUCAAAUGGGAUUGGGUAUUCGUUCCUACCGUAAAGGCUAUGCAGGUGAUUCAGGCCUCAUGCCUUUGAAAGCCUUUGCCGUCGCCUCUCUCUUCAUCGGAAGCGCCGCCUCUGCCUCCGUCGUCCUCCUCCAAGCUAACGGCAUCCACAAGGUGGAAGAUCUCUUGGAAGCAGGUGCAAAUUUAAGAGCAAAACUUGGAUUACCUCCGCGUACGCAGAAUAAGUCUUCUCUGAAGUAAAAUAGCAUAUUUAUUUGGGUAGGAAUGUGGAUAAUCCAUGACAAAAGGCUCAGUCAUGUCGUAAGCUGUUAUUUGGUGGUUUGAUUUCGCGGUGGAGGCAACAAUUAUAAACAUUGAUGAGAUGGUUUCAAGGGUCGAAGGUUUCAUGCCCAACACUCAACAAUCAUAGACUUGAUAGAAACACUACAUCCAACUGAUGGAUUUUCUCUGUUUUUACCUAGCAGUCUGGAGCGUGCAACUUGUAAUCCAUUAUGUUGUCCGUUAUUUACUUCAUUUUUCAUUAAAUUGAGUCUUUCACAUUGUUUUUUGGGGUUACUCACAUAGAGUUAAGUUACCAUUAUUUCCUGAAUUUUAAUCUGACUCGGCCUCUUCAACAAAAGAGAAAAUGUUGUUUCUCCUGCCAUUACAG